CAGAUGGUCAACACAGCUGACCAGUGUAUGACAAUUGGGAGGGCUGCUACGGCAUUGCGCAAAAUGGAUACUGAUAAACCGUGCAUUAGGCCUUAGGGCUGCAGAUAUCGGGGCGCCAUGAGGCACGCUCAAUGAUCGUGGUCAGCCUCUGCACUCCGUGGGCAUCGUCCAACACCGGAACUAAUCAUCGACUAGCUCUUGUGCACUGCUCGUCCGCUCCCCUUUUAUAAACUUUUGUGCCCUAUCCCCCAACUCGAAGCUAGCUAUCUAGUCCAGCGCAAAGCACCUCCCUCUCUCCCCCCUCGGUGGGCUCCACCACUCAACGUUCAGUGCCCAGGCCCUCGUGCUUCUUAUACAUAUCUUCCCCACCCUAUUCGCUCAAAGAUGGACGAGUACCCUCAGCCCGUCGAUCACUAUUUUAUCCUCAAUAUCCCUCCCGAUGCCACCGAGGAUAUGAUCAAGCAGGCUUUCCGCAAGCUGGCUUUACAGUGGCAUCCGGACCGUCACAACGCUGGGAAGGAAUAUGCCGCUCAAAUGUUCAUUCAAGUUCAUGCAUCCUAUCGAGCCCUUAUGGAGACCAAGGAUAAUGCUCGCACACGUUCCCCGCCAUCGCCACCACCACCCCCGCCGCCGUCGUUCAGCUCUCCGUACUCAUUUCCUCCUG